CGGGCGGCGCAGAGUCCAGAGGAAGUGACUCAUGGAGCCGAGCUGUGCGCGUGGGCGUGUGCGCUGUUAAAACAAGGCUCCUCGGGGUGACGCACUCUGAUGCGCGCUUUCCAUGCUGGCUGAGAGCCGCGCGCAUUGUUCCUCACAUGAACUUUGGGGAGCGGACAGCGAGCAGCUCCGAGCCGCAGACAGCAUGGCCUCCCGCGCGCUGUGCGCGCUCCUCAUCGCCGCCGCGACGCAUCUCUAUGGAGCCGGCGCGCAGAGAAGUCAGUGUGGCGGUCUGGAGUUCUGGAACUCUGAUCUGGACGUGUGCGUGCCGUGUGCGUCGUGCAAGCAGUACCCGAAGACGCCGUCGUGCAACACCUGUCUCUCCGUGGACGAGGCGCCCGACGUGUGGAAGCUGGCGGCCAUCGCCAGCUUCUCGGUGCUGGCCGUGGUGCUGGUCGGCGCCGCGCUGCUCAUCGGGGUCAUGCUGCAUCGGCGCAAGGCCCACAAGCGGCCUCUGCGUGAACCCAUUGAGGAAACGGCGGGGCCACUUUACCAGGCGUAAACAUCUCAGUAGAACCUGACCGCUGUCCUUCCUCUUUGGCCCUCGCAGCCUCACCUUCAUCAGGAGACGGAUGUGAGGAACCGAGAGCGACUGGUCACACCUGGACGGAGCGCCCUCUCCGGCUGCAGAGCGCCCUCUCCGGCUGCAGAGCGUCCUCUCUGGCUGCAGAGCGUCCUCUCCGGCUGCAGAGCGUCCUCUCCGGCUGCAGAGCAUCCUCUCCGGCUGCAGAGUGCCCUCUCCGGCUGCAGAGCGUCCUCUCCGGCUGCAGAGCAUCCUCUCCGGCUGCAGAGCGCCCUCUCCGGCUGCAGAGCGUCCUCUCCGGCUGCAGAGCGCCCUCUCCGGCUGCAGAGCGUCCUCUCCGGCUGCAGAGCGUCCUCUCCGGCUGCAGAGCGGGGCCCUCUUCACCUUUAAUGUAUUGUGCCAGUUGAGAGAGGAGAGCUGCUCCGUUCUCCCCCUCUGACCACAGGAGCAACUCUCCCCUCUGUGGGAACAUAACAACAUUAUAUACGUGGUGUCAUGCUCAGAUAUCGUGUGCCUUCUAUACUCCACUUCGAUAACAUCUUCGUCCUGGGGAGACCGCUUUCACUUCUUACAGAUGUUUGAUUCAGAAAAACGAGACUACAGUUCUUCCUUCAGAGAUGGACGCGUUCCAGAACCCUGUCGCACUGCGAUGAAUGGACCCGGCUGCUGCCCGCUGGCUGCGGGCCUCCUGCCAUGCAGCCUCUCAAAGGUCACGUGUGAGAAGGAAGCAGCACAUGGAGACCAUUUGAAUGCAGCCGUCCUCCUGCCUCCUCCAGCCGUCCUCCUGCCUCCUCCAGCCGUCCUCCUGCCUCCUCCAGCCGUCCUCCUGCCUCCUCCAGCCGUCCUCCAGCC